AUCUCAAAAACACUUGAAUUAUGGCGUGGUCUGGGAAUGUUGGAAGCUUCUCAGGUGACUUCGGGACACAGAAAAGGUGGCCAGACGGAACUCGUGUUCAAAAUAAUUAUCAAAACCCACCAAACAGCUCGGUUGUUGGUAAUUCUGCCGCUUGCAAUGACGGCGGCGAGAUACAGCUAAAGAACAUCACACCGAAUGCAGCAAAUGCAGUCAUUAUUGGACUUGUGAUUUCAAAACAGCAGCCAAAAACAAUUCCAAGUAAAUCAGAUCCAAACAAUGACCGAGGUUUGAUCAGCUUUACAAUUAGAGAUUCUCCUAUGGAUUUCAUCAAUGGAACAUGCUGGGGCUCCGAGAAUUACAUCUUUGACUUGGCUUCAAAGUUCAAAAUUGGAGACAUUGUGGAGAUAAGAAAUCCUCAGAUCCAAAACAAGCAGAAUACGGAGCAAGAGGAACGAUACCGCCCAUGGACUCCAAGUCCAUACCAACUGAGUUUGAGUGAGAAGUAUUCCUCAUUAAGUCUGUAUGGAGGAUGGAACUUGGAUCGCUUCAAUACACUGCAACAUGUUCCAAUCAGAGGCAAUGACAACUACUACACUCUAGCUGAUGUUCUUUCUAACGGCCAGGGUUUACAUGGAGAGCAUAUCAACUUGUUAGCUCUACUCAAGACGAUUGGACCUCCAAAGGAUAUAGUGACCAAAGCUGGGAAGAAAAUGCAGCGCUGUGAGGUCAAGCUGUAUGAUGAGACCUGUCCAUCAUUUCCUAUUGUUCUAUGGGAUACAGAGAACAUUGAGCUUGUGCAACGUUGGAUGACACAUGAAACAGUUGUGUUUGCUUUUGACAUCAUGGUCAAGUUUGACAACUUCAGGUCUAGCAUGGUUGGAACAGUUGACUCGAAGACUAUCUUCAUAAUAAAUCCAGAUACCCAAAAGGCCCAUUCUUUAUUCAAGUUUGGACAGUCCCACGAUCCUAGUGAUGACACGACUGGCGAUGCGGACAAACAGAAUGUUGAUCUCUCUACAAUCAAGGACGUGUACAAAGUAGACCAGAUUAAGAGUUUAACCAGAGAGAGUCAUGAUGGGGUUGAAUACGGCAUCACCUACGCCUUCCUUACGGCUCUGGACAUUGACAAUAGUACAAGAAAUGGUAUCUCAAUGAGAUGCGCAAGCUGUAAGCGCCGAGUACAAGUAGAUUCUGCAAAUUUCGGCUGCAUCAAUCCCAACUGUCCAUCCUUGCUUUCUGGUAAAACUGACACAGUCAUGACCUUUGACAUCCCAGUUGACCUCUCUGAUAUUACAGGCACUCUCAGUGGGUGUUACCUCGGAGGAACUCAAGCUGAAGAAAUGCUCAAAUGCUCGAUGGAUGAGUUCAUUCAGUACACAGACCAACAGAAAACAGACCUCAAAUGGAAAUAUCUGCUGGAGAGAUGCAAGGUCUACUUCAAGGUAUCCCAACCUGGUGCUAAGCGUGUUGUUCGUGUCCUAUCAUGUAGCAAAGCCGACCCCAUGGAAGUUAUUCCACACCUCUAGUUUACUGAUGGUGAAACGAUUGGAUGCAAGUCUGCCCAGGUAACUAAUAACAAGGAGC